AUGAAUUAUGAAAGUUAUAUAUCAGCAUGUGAAAUUAAUGGUACAAUUAUUGUUGCCGGUGGUUCAGAUGGCACAUCAAGACUUCGAACUGCUGAAAUGAAUGAUAUCAACAAAAAUCAAUGGACAAAAAUUCGAUUAUUAUAUUUUUUUCUUAUCAAUUAA